AUGAAUAUAAGCGAAUGGAUAGAACAAUCAAGAAGUGUUUUCAAAGCUCAACUUGACACAAAAAUCAAAAUUAUCGGCAUAAUAGGCAAAGAUUAUCCAGAUCAUGGGAAAGGAGACAACAUAAACUGCUAUUUGAGGGAGAAUGUGUUUCCAGUGGCCACAUCUGACAAUGAGACUUGCACGAUUUUCGCUCAUUUCUCUGAAGACGAGCAACUUCUAUUCUUGGUGCUGAAUGGUGUGGAUGACGUGGCUAAUCUUCGGAAGUGCAUGGAAUCCGAAUCGAAGAACUAUUUCGAAGCGAUGGCUGAGAGCGAAUCUCAGCAAAUGCGGCUCCUUCAUUUCCUUUUUAUCUCCUGUCACUUUAUUGUAAUCUUCGAGCAAACUUCUAGAAUCGAUUUGGAAUUUAUUAGAUUUUUGAAGAAAGUGAAUACAUUGAGGUCGCUAAAUCGGAGAAAAGUGAGCCAACGACUUCGUGACGUGGAUUUCGAUUUUGAUUCAGAUGGCCGCUUGACGGUCCCGUAUGUUUUGAUGGCUUUUCAGCGAAAUAAUAUACGGACUGACACUAAUAUUACGAAAAAGAGAGAACUCUACGAGAAGCUCGAGAAGAAUCUGGACCAUCAGCUAACAGACAUUCUCAAAUUAUACGAUCUAACUGGCUCUGGGAAUUCCGCUUUGUGCCAGCUUAGCGAAUCACUUCAAGUCGUUCACCUCCUGAAUCCAGACAGCGUUAAAAGAGACAUCAUCACGGAGAUGUUUGAUAUUUUUAUGGCUGAAGCUGAAAAUGGAAACGUGGCAAGAGUGGCUGCAAAUCACAAGCUAACCAGCAACAACGCGUUCGUCAGAUUUUUGGAAGAUCGAUUUCGAGCGGAGAAAAACGAAAUUUCACUGAACAUUGCUAUCGAUAUGUUAGAAGCUCUACAGUUUGUGCUCGAUGGCUCGCUAGAAGAGAAACCAGAAAGUUUGAGAUCUCAGACACAGACUUUUAUAAAAAGAAUUCAAUCGGAUCAUAUGGAAGAGGCUAGGAGGUUGUAUACAAAUGAAACACGACCCGUGUCUGGAGAGAGGAGGGGAGGUGGAUUCAGAAUCACAGAACAGGAGACAAUGGAUCCAUCGGUGAAAAUUCGAAGUAAACAGGAGCAUUUGAUUAGGUUCAACGAAGCCACGUGCUACAUCGAAACCGUCGUCGGAAUCAAUCAACAAGAAAUCCUCUCCCAAGUCCAGACACAAUGCAAUGAUAUGUGGCAAUCCGACUUGCGUGCCUGCGAAUCGAUAUCCAUGAUGGGUCAUCCAUGUGUCAAGAAGGUCCAUCCCACCUAUGGAGAUCAGACGGUUCCGGAAGCCCGAUGGACCGCCCAUGACGCCUCGAACACACUGGUCUCUACGUGUGUCUGUGGAAAUAAACAGUUGGUUCGACAGGAGCCCUUCACCUUAAAAGAAGCGAAUUUCGAUUUUUACGAACAUCCAGAUUUCAAUUGUUGUAAGGGGUUAUGGAGAUAUCAGUUCCAGUUGUAUCAGGAGGAUACAGAGGAGAAGGAUGAUAUCAUGUGGGCAGACCGCGAGUCCAACUCUCUUCGUGCAGCUAAGAAAAUGGCCCAACGAGAAGAUGAGUUGGCAGUGGAGCUAGACGACAUGGAACUUCCAGAAAGUCUUCAACAAUCCUACACAUCAUCUGAAGACUCUUCAGAAGACGAUGACGACUUUGCCAUUCAGACUGCAAGCUCUGAAGACUCAUUGUCCGGAUCGGACUCCUACGCUCGGCCCGGCAGUCGUCGUGACGAGUUUGAAUCUUCUAAAACAGCAAGAGACAUGGCUGUCUACUUUGCGAAACGGAUACAAAAGCUGGAAAAGUUGGAGAAGAUGGACGACUUCUUGAUGGGCGUUCCGAAUACGUUGACGAUUGGGAAGCUUCCGAUGUUCCCAUCGUUUUUCUUGACAUCGCUAGGAGAGAGUAAUCUUUACAAGCACGGAGCAGGGCUAAAAAAUCAGCCGAAUUUCAAAUUGGGUGGAGAGUAUUUGACGCCGGCAGUGGUGUUUUUAGAUGUCGAUCUUGACGUCUGGUGCCGUGACCUUGUCAAAUUCCGCACUGACGACUACACCCGACGAGGUACCAAGGAUCUGAAAGACGACAUGCCACGUGUCAAACUAUUCGUCGGUUUCGAAUACGAGUGCUCUCGAGGUCAUCGCUUCUUUGUCGAUCAUAACGGCGAGCCGUUGAUCUAUCCACGCAACGUCAACGUUCUAAAAGAGUCCUCGGCUCGCGCCUCACUUGGCAACAUCCUGAACGCUGAUUUGCCUCUUCGUCGCCCGUGCACUUGCCGAAAGCCACCUCUGAAAUCUGCACAACUUCAGAAGAUCCACGUGGUGACGCCAAAAGCGCCAGUGAAGAUCACCAUUGAUCCGAAGAUUCUCGUACCGGGACACGAGGGAACGUAUGGAACCGGACAGGAGCCAUUGGAACUUCAUCAUUCAAAAUACUAUAUCCUUCACCUGCCAGUGGUCUACAGUGGACCAUCAGGAACAUGGAUGCCGGGAGAGUACAAUUCAGAGCGAAUGGGAACGCUCAAGGGUGGAUCCAUCAAAGUCGUCUACAAGCCUGUGAUGCCAUUUAGGUGGUGA